CCUACGGCCUGCUGUCAUUGCACCAUCACUCAACAUUGAACUCAUUCAGCCCGAUCAUACCGUAUACGCUUUAUAGUCAACCCUUAGUCUAAACCAGCAAAAGAAGCAAGAAACUGUACCGCGGCACUGUUUAGUCCUCGCUUGGCAGACCGCUAUGCCAAGGGUCUGCGCCAGGCUAUACAUAUGACAGCAUCUCGCGCAUCGUCAAGCUCCUCACGGCCUCAAGCAUUUCUCUCCGCGAGAACCCCCUACAGCCCGAUCUCGCGGAGACUGUCCGGAUUCUCCGUUUCCGACCACGGCGACCAUGGUGAUAAUGGGGGUGGACGGGGAGCCGACAACGCAGACACAAGCGAUCCGCAUCCUGUCGUAACCGACGAGAUCAACGAAAUCAAGCGCUACGAGGAUUUCACCACCAUCGACUGGGUUCAAGAUGCCGUUCACGAGCAGGCACGUCGCCGAGCUCGCCGACAAGAAGCGCGCGGCUUCUGGGAUCGAGAAGGCACUUUUGGCUGGCGACGAAAACUGUGGGAAUCCUAUGAUGCUGGCCAGGCUUGGCUCGUCGUGACUCUGGUCGGCGCAGCGAUUGGGCUGAACGCAGCAUUUCUCAAUAUUGUGACUGAAUGGCUAUCGGAUGUAAAGCUUGGGUACUGCACCACUGCGUUCUAUCUCAAUGAGCAGUUCUGCUGCUGGGGUGCUGAAAAUGGGUGUCCAGAAUGGCACCGUUGGGGACCGAAUCCAUUUAUCAACUAUAUUGUAUACUUUAUAUUUGCGAUCGCCUUCGCUUUCACAUCGGCCUUCCUUGUCAAGUCAUUCUCUCCAUAUGCGGCCGGCUCCGGUAUUUCAGAAAUAAAAUGCAUUCUCGCGGGAUUCGUGAUGAAGGGCUUUUUGGGCUCAACAACCCUUUUUAUCAAGUCAAUUAGUCUUCCGCUCUCAAUUGGCUCAGGCCUGUCUGUUGGAAAAGAAGGACCAAGUGUACAUUAUGCGGUGUGCACGGGCAAUGUUAUUUCUCGCUUCUUCAACAAGUAUCGACGAAAUGCGGCCAAGACAAGAGAAAUCUUAACCGCCGCUGCUGGCACGGGUGUAGCAGUGGCUUUUGGGAGUCCAAUUGGUGGCGUCUUGUUCUCUCUUGAGGAAAUGUCGACCUACUUUCCAUUAAAAACUUUGUGGCGAAGCUACUUCUGUGCUCUAGUAGCCACUGGCGUGUUAGCAGCUAUGAACCCCUUCAGAACUGGACAGUUGGUCAUGUUCCAAGUCAGAUACGACCGUACAUGGCACUUUUUCGAAUUGAUCUUCUUUGUUAUUAUUGGAAUAUUCGGUGGUUUGUAUGGCGCAUUAGUGAUCAAAUGGAAUCUCCGAGUCCAAGCUUUCCGAAAAAAGUACUUAGGGCUAUAUCCAGUUACAGAGGCCGUUGUUCUUGCUGGCGUAACAGCUCUGGUCUGCUAUCCAAAUAUUUUUCUGAGAAUCAACAUGACGCAGAUGAUGGAGGUUCUUUUCCGAGAAUGUGAAGGGGAUAACAACUACAAAGGGAUUUGCGAAGCACAAAAUCGCUGGUCGAUGAUAUUCUCUCUUCUUAUUGCGACAAUCCUCCGUGUCAUCUUGGUCAUCAUCUCCUAUGGAUGCAAAGUGCCAGCGGGUAUCUUUAUUCCUUCAAUGGCGGUCGGUGCUUCGUUCGGGAGGAUGGUUGGUAUUCUUGUUCAAGCUUUGCACGAAUCGUUUCCCAAUUCGGGCUUCUUUGCUGCGUGCGAACCGGAUGUGCCAUGCAUCACGCCAGGAACAUAUGCCUUCCUCGGUGCUGCUGCAGCUCUUAGUGGAAUCAUGCAUCUUACGGUGUCCAUCGUUGUGAUAAUGUUUGAGCUCACUGGAGCUGUGGUAUACAUUCUCCCAACAAUGAUUGUUGUUGGCGUUACCAAAGCCGUCAGUGACCGGUUCGGAAAAGGAGGCAUUGCAGACCGAACAAUCUGGUUCAACGGCUUUCCCUUCUUGGACAAUAAAGAAGACCAUGUUUUCAACGUCCCCGUCUCGCGCGUCAUGACGGGCAGUCCCCUAUCUCUCCCAGCUUCCGACCUCCCUGUCAGAGAAGCAGAACAUCUACUAAGCGACAACAAAUUCCAAGGCUUCCCCAUCGUCGAAGACCGCAGCAGCAAGAUUCUAGUUGGCUACAUUGGCCGUACGGAACUCCGCUACGCCAUCGAAAAAGCACGACGAACCGCGCCCCUAUCCCCCAACGCAAGAUGUAUAUUUACCCAAGACGCCAUACCAUCAAACAGAAUGGAGUCCGGUCGACGGUCCAUCUCUGGUCGCUUUGACCAAGAUAUACCUCAAACCUUCGACGAACUAGAGAAUACCACGGGGGCCAAAUUCAUCGACUUUGCGCCGUACGUCGACCACACCCCGAUCUCCGUGCACCCUCGACUUCCGCUUGAAACGGCAAUGGAAUUGUUCAAGAAGAUGGGCCCGCGUGUUAUUCUGGUUGAGCAGCGUGGACGGAUAAUGGGGCUGUUGACGGUGAAGGAUUGUCUCAAGUAUCAAUUCAAAGUCGAGGCUCAAGAGAACACGACCGCGGGGGAGACGACGGGUUUUGCGAAUGGCAACGGUCAUAGUGCCAGCAGCCAUGAGCGAGAGCAGGGCAAUAGUGUUGAAGAGAAAAUCUGGGCUUUCAUGCAGAGAAUUGGUAAAUCAUUGCGCAUUGUGCGUGAUCGAAGUAUCAGGCUUGAUGGCGCGCAACGACCUGAUCAGGCCAGAGAGACUGACGACAGUCAGCACCAGUACGGAAUUCUCGAUGGCACUGAAGAGGACACAUUUGUCGAAUUAGAGGACCGAUGAUCUUUAUAUUCCAUAAUGAAACAUUAGUUGUAUAUAUUAACAUCUUACACGUUGCUAUUAAAUUAGAGCGGCCCUAUUUAUUACUAUCAACCCGCUGCGGCAUCAGCGGAGCAUCCUCUCCAUCCUCCUCU